CUUGGCUGUCCGAGUCUGUUCGCUACAUUCAUGCGAACAGGACCCCAGCACAGCGACAUCAUGGAUCCCAAACGUGUCCAGCCCCAGCCCCCUCAACCGCAUUCGAAUGAGUAUCGCCAGCGCAGAAAGUUCAUUCCCUUGCUCGUCUCAACUCUCCUCGUGGUCGGCUUCAUCUGGCCGUUCGUUCAGCAACAGGAACGCCGACUGGUAUCUGUCCCACUCAAUGGCGAAUAUAUCAUUGCGCGCUGCCGCGCCCUAAACACCAGACCCGGCCCACCACCUGAUUUUCACCGCCGAGCGCAGUCCGACCGCUUCCAGCGCGGUACGCGUGCGACUUUGAUUCGAAACGCGACUAUCUGGACCGGAUUGGAUGACGGAAACGCGGUCGCGCUGGGGGAUGUGUUUCUGGAUGCUGGGAUCAUUCAGGGCGUGGGGGAUGUCAGCAAGCUGUUGAGGGAAGAUGUGUACGACGUGCUCGACGCCAAGGGAGCAUGGGUGACGCCCGGCAUUGUUGACAUGCAUUCGCAUGUUUCUAUCGGGUCCUCACCCAGCCUACGCGGAGCCAACGAUGUCAACUCGAUCAAGGGUCUUGUGCUGCCUUGGCUUCGGGCUCUCGAUGGACUCAACACCCACGAUGACGCGUUUAAACUAGCUGUAGCAGGGGGGCUGACAACAAGUCUGAUCUUACCAGGGUCGGCGGACGCCAUGGGUGGUCAAGCCUUCCUCAUUAAGCUGCGCCCUACACAGGAACGAUCCUCCUCUGCGAUGCUUUUGGAGCCACCUUACGAGAUCAACGGGACGAAAGUCGACUACAACAUCCCUCCACGCUGGAGAUAUAUGAAACAUGCCUGUGGUUCGUCUCCUAACAAGUACCUCUGCUUCGAGUGAUUAUUCAGUCUCGUGAAGGGGAGAAUCCAGCGAGAGUCUACCGCGGAACUCGGAUGGACACAGUUUGGAGUGUAAGGCAAGCUUACGAUGAAGCCAGGCAGAUGAAAUUAUCCCAAGAACGGUAUUGCGAGAAGGCUCUUGCCGGGGAAUGGACCGGGCUAGGUCAGUUCCCAGAGGAGUUGAGACUGGAGGCUCUGGUGGAUAUUCUGCGAGGAAAAUUCAAGGUUCAGACUCAUUGUUACGAAGCAGUGGAUAUCGACGCAUUCGUGCGCUUGUCCAAUGAGUUCCAGUUCCCAGUCGCUGCGUUCCAUCACGCUCAUGAGUCGUAUCUUGUUCCUGAGGUUCUGAAACGUGGAUACGAGCACCCGCCAGCAUCUGCUAUCUUUGCAAGUUUUUCACGCUACAAGCGUGAAGCAUACCGGCAUUCUGAGUUUGCCGCUCGAAUCCUGGCCGAUAAUGGGCUCAAAGUUGCCAUGAAGAGCGAUCACCCCGGUGUUGUUUCCCGAUAUCUGUUGCAUGAGGCUCAGCAAGCCCAUUAUCAUGGAUUGAGCGCCAAUUUGGCACUGGCUUCCGUGAUUUCGACUCCAGCGGAGGUCAUCGGACUAGAUCAUCGUAUUGGGUUUGUCAAACCAGGUUAUGACGCCGAUGUCGUUGUUUGGGACUCACAUCCUCUCGCUCUAGGUGCAACUCCGAUACAAGUCUUCAUCGACGGUAUCCCUCAACUUGAGAAUGCCUUCGUCUCUGCAAAAUCCGCCGUUCUGCAGAAAGCGCCCAAGACACCCAACUUUGAUCGGGAGAUCGCAGAGACAAUCAAGUAUGAAGGACUCCCGCCUUUGGACCCAGUCGUUCAGACGUCUCAAUCUGUGCUCUUCCGCAACGUGUCCAGUGUUUGGACCAAAAAUGGCGCAGGCGAAGUCAAAGUGAUGGCCGGCGCAAAUAAUGUUUUGGUCGAACGCGGGGUGAUCGUCUGGUCUGGCUCCGAUACCCAGGUCGCACAGGAAAACAUCGGGGCCUCCCUGGUCGUUGAUCUCGAGGGUGGCAGCAUCACACCCGCGCUCGUGUCUGCUGGCACGACUUUGGGCCUGCAAGAGAUCAGCGGGGAGAGCUCAGCCACGGAUGGCAUGGUCUUCGAUGCACUCUCGACAAAGAUCCCGACCAUACUGGGCGACGACACCGUGAUUCGGGCAGUAGAUGGCUUGCAAUUCGGGACACGUGAUGCGCUUCUCGCCUAUCGUGCCGGAGUGACCAGUGCAAUUGUCGCACCUUCUGGAUCCCAGUUCUUCCACGGGCUAAGCGUCGCGUUUUCAUUGGCUUCAGCGCAUAAACUGCAGUCAGGAGCAAUUCUGCAGGAGACUGUGGCUGUGCAUGUUUCAUUGAGUCCUUCAUUCAGUGCCUCCAUCAGCACACAAGUGGCUCUGCUGAGAAAAAUUUUGCUCGAGUCGGACAAGGAUACCGAGUUUGGACGAGUUGCGCAGGGACUACUACGAUUGGUGAUCACGGUCGACAGCGCCGAUAUCAUUGCGACGCUGCUUCGCUUGAAAUCGGAUCUAGAAACGGAGAGUAAAAAACCUCUCAAGAUCAGCAUCAUUGGCGGAGCCGAGGCUCAUCUCUUGGCCAAGGAACUCGCUGCAGCAGAUGUAGGGGUGAUUCUUUCCCCUCCCCGGUCGUUUCCCUACAAUUGGGAGCAUCGCCGAAUCCUCCCAGGGCCACCGCUGUCAUCGCAGAGCUCUGCUGCGUAUCUGGCAGCACACGGUGUCACAGUCGGUCUCGGACCCCAAGGCGUGCAGGGUCGUCCCGAGAUGGGUGGAUGGGCUGCGCACAAUCUGCGCUUCGAUAUGGCUUGGGUCAUGUUGGAAUCAAACGGAACUGUCUCUAAGCAAGAGGCCUUGGCAAUGGCGUCGUCAAACAUCGAGAAGCUGCUCGGAGUCGAGAGUCAGAAUGCCGAGUGGGCUGUGACUAAGGGCGGCGACUUGUUCUCCUUCGAAGCCAAAGUCAUCGGCGUCAUAUCGGCAACGAGGGGUUUGGUUGAUCUUUUCUAACGUCGGAGCUCUUUGUCCACUCAGUCUCGAUAUGCUAUGUAAAAUGAGUUGUUAAUUGAAAUGCAUAAAAUACAGAUCCACAUUGUCCAUAUUAGGUUCUACGUAUGUAAGGAGCGUUUUACUAUCAGUCGAAUCAAGCAUCCACCUCAGACCAAUCGCUGGCCACAUCCUCUUCCCUUACACUGGGUUUCUUGGGUUGGGGCGGGAAGGUGUCAGCGGAGAGUAGAUAUGUGUCGACGUCCGAGUCGACCACGACAGGCUCCACAUCCGGUGCUGUGACAGUGGUGACUGAGUCAGUAGGCACAAGAGGUGUCGGGGCUUCCGGCGCAGGAUCAGGUGUUGGUUCAUCUGCCACUGUUGGAACACUGGGUGAUUCGACCACUGGUUCAUCGACGGGAUGGGAUUCAAGGACGACGGGAGCAGGGUCGGGUUCGGAUGAGACGUCGACAGAAGAUUCUUCGACGACUUCGGGAGCAGGGGUGACCGCAGGGACAGUUUCAACCUCCCUCUCCCUGCCAACGAACUUUCUCCACUUGGCCUCGACAACAGCCUCAACUUCCUCGAGUGCACCCUCGACCUUCGCCACGACCUCCUUCCUCGCGUGCCUCAACCCGUCAUCACCGAAACUCUCGACCGAGUCCAAUCUUGUCAACAGCCCACUAAGAGUCUGGUGGUACACCCUCAGCGGCUGAUUUCGAGCUCCAUAGGAUAGCCGCGACAUCACCGAGUCGGCGCUCGCCUCGGAGCUGAGGGACGAUCGGACAGGCGAGCUCGUGCGCGAAGUAGAGAAUUCGAGAUCGGAGGGGGUAGUAAAGUCACUGGAAAGCUGGGCGAACGCAGCGUCGAUGGCUCGGAUCUCCGCAGCUGAUGCAGAGACGUCAGGGACCGGAGCCGGAGCUGCUGACUUGCCCUUCGAUUGUGAAGCGGCGUCCUCGAUAUCGGCAAGAGACAGGCGAAUGGCCUCGGCGAGAUCUUGGUCUUCUUUGGCUUGCUCAGACUGCAGACGGGUUUCGAGCUCCCGCUUCACAGUCGAGACUGGGGAAGAAGGCGUUGGGACCGAGCCUGACGACGAGGCCUGGGGCUCAGA